AUGGGCCUGAAGAAGUCACUGACGCGUACUUUCACCUUCCGCUCGCGGACCGAGAAGCCUCAGGCAGUUACUGCACCUACGGUAUCGGAGCCGUCAGAGAAAGUGUUCGUGGAAUACAUUGAGAAAAUUCUAGCUUCUGAGCCGCAGAUCGCGACACCCGUGCUGCAACUUCCUGAUCUCGGAGACCUGCUCGGGAAAGGAGGACAGGGCAGAGUCGUACUUGUCAAACACGUCAUCACAGGAGCCGGAUAUGCACUCAAGAUCAUAAAGAAGAACAAUGGCCCUCUGAAUUCGUCUCGGCGUGUCUUUGAGGAAAUGGAUAUCAUCAGACGCUCUGCUCUGGCAGAUGAGCCGUGGUUUGUCGGCCUUCGUGGAUCUUUCCACGAUAGCGAUCACUUCUUCCUACUCACGGAAUAUGCGCCUAAGGGUGAUCUGAACAUGCAAAUGGCUCGCGGAAAAAUGAUACCACCCGACCUUGUACUACACUACAGCGCGGAGAUUAUACAAAUACUCACGGUGUUGCAUGAUUCAUAUCAUAUUAUCCACCGUGAUUUCAAGCCCGAGAACCUGCUUAUCUCUAGCACGGGACACCUCAUUCUCGCCGACUUCGGCAUAUCUAGGCUGUUCCGCCUUACACAGUCGGACCUGCAGCGCCCGUGGGCUUCCUCAUGUCAGUCAACGACUGAUGAGACAGUCGGCCGAGAUACUUCCGACGCGGAGCGAAGGCUCGAACGGGAGCGCCUCCAAGUUACGCGCAAGAUCUGCGGGAGCCCCGGCUACAUGGCUCCAGAGCUGUUCACCGGCCCGUCGUACUCGUACCAGGUCGAUGUAUGGGCUGCAGGCGUGAUGCUGUACAAGAUGAUGGUUGGCAAACUGCCGUUCGGGCUGGACCGCAAGCAGAGCACCAAGGAGCUAUAUAGACGGACGACUACACUACCGCUGGAAUUCCUCCUAGACAAAAAACAUCCCGGACUGAGCCCAGAUGCUAGAGACUUGAUAGGAAAGAUGUUACAAAGAGAUCCGUUCCAGCGCCCGCCAGCACGAGAUCUCAGGGCGCAUCCCUAUUUUCAGUCGAUUGACUGGGAUACAAUCGAGAGCAUGGAUAAUCCUGGCCCCGGUAUGAAUGCCCGAGUGCCGACAAGAAAAAACAAGCAACCUGUGGCCAUACCUAGAGGGAAGGCGUAUGAAGCUGCUGACGACCCCUUCCCGUGGUUCACCUGGGUGGCGCCGAACUUGGAGAAUGUGGCAGAUCUCGAAGGCUUAGGUGCUGACAAUGACCUGGACCCCAAUGGGUGGCCUGCCGGGCUCGUCCAGAAAGUCAGGAAUUGGGGAACGACGAGGAAGCUAAUCUAG